AUGGAGCGACACGUUCCAUAUCCCGAAGAGAAGACGGAGAUAGGUCCACGGCACCGAGAAAUCGAGACGGUGCUCCAAAGCGCCGAAAGAGCAAGAGCAAGAGCAACCCACUAUCAGCCAGAGACGGCUGAGGAGAGAGCCUUGGAUCGCAGAGUCAACCUCAAGUUGGACUGUAUAGUUCUUAGCUUGAUGGCCACACAGUUCAUCUUUUGUGGUAUUGACAAGACCAACAUCGGCUUCGUGGCGACAAGCUCCUUCGUGAAAGAUGCAAACCUCAGACCCAAUGACAUCUCCAACUCUCUUUCACUGUUUUCUGCCACGUACGUGCCGUUUCAGCCCGUCAUGGUCAUCCUCGCCCGGCGCAUUGGCGUCAAGUACUUCAUCGCCUGCCAGCUCGUCAUCUGGGGAGGUCUCUGCAUGGCGCACGCCGGUGUCCGAGGCUCCGGAUCACUCAUCGCCCUCCGUAUCCUCCUCGGUGCUGCAGAGGCGGGCUUUACGCAGAUGGGCAUGUACUACAUGUCGACCAUCUACCCAAAAUACGAUGUUGGCUUCCGGGCCGGCCUGUUCACGGGCAUGUAUUCCGUCGCCGGAGCCUUCGCAGGUUUGAUCGCCUACGGACUGCUGAAGAUCGAACCGCCCGGGAUCCAUGGUUGGCAGGUCGUGUUUCUGCUGGAAGGAGGCGUGACGGUCCUGUUGGGAAUCCUAUCAUUCUUCAUUCUUCCCAAGAACCUGGCGAGCGCAUGGUUCUUGUCACCAGAGGAGCGUCUGCAUGCCGUCCGCCGCAUGGAACUCGACUUGGCUGGGACACAGGAGGAACCCGAUGUCAAUAGCACGUCUGUCACAAAGCGGGAUAUGCUGGAUGUCGCUCGGGAUUGGAAGAAGCUUCUUACAGUCGUCUGCAACAUCACUACAGUCCUUCCCGUCACUGCCUUCACCACGUUCCUGCCACUGAUCGUCCAGGGCAUGGGGUAUGAGGAGAUCACUGCUAGUCUCAUGAGUGUUCCGCCUUUUGCUGCUGGAGUUGUCGGGCUCAUGCUCAUCGUCUACUCCAGCGAUCGUUUCCGCGAAAGAUCUCUCCACACCGUCUUCAGCAUGGCACUUGGGCUCAUCGGCUGCAUCGUCAUGGCCGUCUCGGACGAUACCAAACUCCGAUAUGGCUUCGCGCAUGUAUGCAUGGCAGGCGUCUUCGCUGGCGGCCCGCUCAUCGCUGUAUGGCUAGCUGGGAAUACGCCGUGGAAGGGGACGAGGAGCGUGGUGUUGGGUGUCAAUGGCUGGUCCAAUGUUGCUGGUGUGAUUGCCGGUCAGAUCUUCAAGAGCAAAUAUGCACCGAGAUAUGAAACAUCCCUUAUCACCACGAUGGCACUUAUGGCGGUAGGUGCUACAGGCUUGGUGUUUGUUCGGGUUAUGUAUCAGCUUGAAAAUAAGAAGAGGGCAAGGGAGAUUGCAGCAUGGGAUGAGCAACGCUUUGCCGAUGAGGCCAACUCGGAAGAGCGGCGCGGCGACCAACGGAUGACUUUCAUGUACGGUGUCUAG